AACGGUGAUGUUUGGAGCAUGUUGUCGUUCCAAGGAACACUCUACGGCACCUUGUCGCCUUCAAAAGAGAUCGUGCAGCUAUAUCCACCACCGCUCGGCGGCGGCGACGGCAACCACGACUCUCAGCUGGUGGUUAUUGCUCAAAUUCCAAACAUGUUCGGCGACCACAUCCAUUUCUGCCAGCCUUUCCUGGUGGAGUCUGGCGGACGAAUGCUGGUCGCCGACCGGUAUCCACCUGCUGCUGCUGAAUUAGGAGGAGUAGGCUACGGGCUCUAUGAAGUGCACUUGCGAAGCGGCGAGCUGAUUCCGGUCAAGUGCCUGGGUGAUCGCGCGCUGUUCCUCAACUGCGAUCGCUGCCUCUGUUUCGGCCAGGGACCUCCCUUCUCUGAUGGGCAACUCCAUCUACUUCUCUGUAAAAAACGGAAGCGCUGUCGUGCUGCACUCGCUGACGACUGGACUGUCCGAGGACUUGGCGGAGCACUGCCAGAUACACAACAUGGUGGAUAGGAUCCGCCCCUCCGUGCGCCCCUUCACCAUUGCUGAUCAUCUUCUCACAUACUGUCAUCAUAGUGAGUGGGCUCAAGGACUCAUGUUUCACGAGUACCACCAUAUACCUGAAUGUUUCAAGGAGCUGAGGGAGAGCAUCCGGGCAAAUAUUUCAAAACUGCGCAUGCCGCCGCGCAGCAAAAGACAGUGAAUUUGUUAAAUCCUACCAGGGGUAACGUGAUACAGCUAGUACUACCUAUUACUUCUACUGUAUCUGAAGCAUAUUCCAUGGAACUGUAAGGAAUUAUUCGGGAUCCCAAAAAAGUCCCCAGUAGUGCGUUUACUAAGUAGGUAUUGGAUGGAAUUAUCCCACAGAUCUUCCUAUUUUUGUCUAGAUUAAAAACUCUCCACCAUGGGAGAGUAUUGAGGUGGAAGUGUAGUUCAGCAGAUUGACAGAAUUCACAAAA